AUGUUCAACCUGUCGCUCGCCCUCCGACAAGGCGGCCCGACAACAUUUAAAUCUGAGCAAGCCGGGAGUGACCCACCCCAGUCUCAAUAUGUGCCCCAACGAUACCAGCUCCUGCUUGUUUUUCCAGAGAAUAACAGAUUCGGCCAAGCUGCGCCAUGGAAACUAGGUUUCUUCGACAGCGACCGCAAGAGCAAUCCAAAACGUCAUAUCACCUGUUUGGACCUCAAGCAGUUCGUCAAUAUGAAUGAAGGGGAGGUCAUCGAAACAGGAUACCGUUUUUGUCGUCACCAAGUUUUAGAGAGAUCCUGGGCUUACAUCGACUUGGGUGUAAGCUGUGACCGACAGAACUACCAGAGUCGUCUCAAGUUCUUCUGCGAUGAGUUCAAAGUAAGUGUUGCGACUUUCGGACAAAAAGGGCACCGGGGUGUAAUUCAGAUGGUUUUGACAUCUGCAGACUUCCAUUCGACAUCGUUGUUCUUGAAUCAAAUAGCUGUGGCAGACGUCUGGCAGGUUGAAGAGUUCAUUAUAAAGUACCAAGACCCACAGUUCACACACUUUCGAAGCGCAGAAUACUUUCUUCCCGCAGGAAUAAAGUUCUACAGAGGCCCGUUAUAUCUAUCGAGAAGACAAGUUUAUGGAAAAUACUGGUUCAUGAGCCCUCGGUUUAGUUUCGACAGCGUUGAUGGAAAGUCUCGUAUAUGUGUAUUUCAUCCAGAACAGGAUGCGACUCACUGGGGUAUCGGGUGUGGUAUGAAAGGAGACGAGACGGGUCCUGCGGAGAGCGACCUCAACGAAGAUCAGAAGGAAGAGCAAGAUUUACUCAUUUCAAAUUGGCACGCGCAAUGGAUGGAAGAUAAUCAACGAGGAAUCAGAAACUCCGCAACAAAUUAG